ACAGAUCAUUUCCAGGAUAUUUCAAAUCAAACUUGAGCCGUGGUAAAAAGAGAUGUUUAACAUCUACUAAGGAGCUUGAACUCCUACAAGCUGGCAUUGGGAGAUAAACAGUGUCUCUUCCAGAAGAUGGUGACCAUGCAGAGGUAAGUUUGUAUAGUCAGUAUUAAAAUAAGUCAUUGGCAGACUCAUUUAGCCUGAAUCAUAUACCACAGUCCAUUUAGUGUUCCAUUCUGCUUAACUGUGUUUUUAACUAAGAUUUCUAGACUUCUGGAAGUCUAGAAACCUUUCCAAAAAUGGAAUAUCUUUGUGGAGGAUGGCUCUUUCAUAAGGCAACAGGUGGCGGUGGUCGACGAAAGCUCACUGUAAUUCCACCUGAAACAGAAGGAUAUUCUGUCAAAACACUGAAAGCUGUAUCAGGAGGUGGCAAAUCCACUUUUUACAUUGUACCUCUUCAGGAAACAUUAGACACAUCUCCUCUACCUCCCGACUCACAGCACUUUUCAAAGAUGCCAAAGAAGAUAUGUUACCAGUGUAAUGAAGUUAUGGCUCUGCAGAUGCUUGCUGUACACAUCAAUACGUGCAAAGGAAAAUUCUCUCCUGAUGAGACUGAUCAUGAGGAAUCUGAGUUAUGCAUUGUGAAAAGCAAAUGCAAGGUUAUUUGUCCAAUAUGCACUGAGCACUUUCCUGAAGAUGAGAUCACAGUCCACGCAAGUCUGUGUGGGGAUAGACUUUGUUUCGUCAACAGCUUUCAAUGCAUGGUGCCUGAAGAAAAUGACCAAACUACAGGGACACCAGCUCAAACUUCAGUAUGCACAACAGACAGCGUGGAAGAUGUAUUGCGUUACCUUGAACAACAAGUCGACACCACAACAGAAUUUAAAUUGUGUGUGGACAGAGAAGACCUUCCAGACAGUGUUCUUAGGGUGGUUUUCAUUGGAGAGGCAUGCGUGGAUACAGGAGCACUUAGGAAAGAGUUUUUGAGUGACAUGAUUUCAGGUAUUGAAAGCAGAUUCUUUGAAGAACCUGAGAACAAGGGCAAAAACCCCAAGUAUUCUCUGACCGAUCUUGAUAAUGAAAACUUCAGAACUGUUGUUGAAAUAAUUGCAGUCAGCCUCGCCCAAGGAGGCCCAUCUCCCGCCUUUUUCAAAGAAUGGUGCUACAAUUUCCUCUGCUCAGGAGAGGAUUUCAGCUGUCUGUCUAAGGAGGAUGUUGCAGAUGUGGAAUCUUCCCUGCUCAUCAGCAAAGGGAGCACCUGGUUUAGCUCUGGCACAUGAUAUAUUAUGAGUAUGGUGUUUUUAAACACUUUUAACCUUCUGUAUUUCCUCUUUCACAUUAUACAUUUGCUGAUGAAAUUGUCAGCUGUGGAUACACAAACCAGAUAAAGAUGGAUGACAGGAAAGCAUGAUCCGUGCCAUUGUCUUACACUCUACAACAAGACUGAUUCCAAUGCUACAGCAGCUCAGGAACUGUGUGGUCUUGUGAACCUGAUGGCUGUAAAUCCUGAAGCUUGCCACAGUUUGUUUGUUCCUGGGAAAAUCCUCAAACCAGACGCUGAUUUCAUUAUGAUGAGCUGCCAACCACAUUUUAGUGAAAAGGGGACAUCUAGGGAGAGACCUGAGAGGAAGAUCAUAAAUUUUUUGCAAGAUUUCUUGCAGGAGAUUGAAGUAUCAGAUGGAAACACAGGCAGUGCAGGUGGUGAAAAAUCAGAGUCUCUUGCUGUCCACCAUGUGCUCCAGUGGAUGACCGGCCAGUCCCAUGUUCCCAUCCUUCCUGAUGAAAAGAGACAUUUCAAAAUAACAUGCAAGUUUGACCACGAACCCAGGAGCGGCUGGGAGAUCACUCAAUUUGUUACCCAGUUGUGAGUGCAUGCACUUGUACUGUGACUUUUCCAGUGCAGCAUCUGGACACUUCCCCAGUGUUUAAAACCAUAAUGAGUGCAGCAGUUAGAUAUGGUGGUGGAUUCCACAGAGUUUAACACAUUGUUGUCUUGUAAUUUGGAAUCGAAGUGAGUAAAAAUGUUUCUAAACAUUAGCUGUUAAGAUGUUUGUAGCUGUUUCAUGAAAAUGACAAGACUUCAAAACUUUGUGUAGGGUCCUACGUUGAUAGAUAAUAAGCAAGUGCUUUGUUUGCUUGUCUACUUGUAAUCUGAAUGUUUUAGCAAAGAAACAACAUGUCUUGAAGUUCUCCAGAAGCCUGGUAAAGAAACGAAUCAUUUGAUUCAAGUGUGUUGACCCAGGGUGAUAUCUGAAACCUGCGGGACACCGGCCCUUGAGGCCUGGAGUUCAACACCCCUGGUGUAAUUCAUUAGUGCAGUAUUAGUGGGUCACCUCUGUUUGAAGUGAUAUGGUAUGAUAUGACUAUCACUAAAACGGCAAACUUUGUGCUGGAUUAUUGUGCAGUUUUCUCGAAGAACCCGGGUGUAUGACCCCAAAAAUUGAAUUUAAGAACUAAAACUGAAUGGUGAGAAGUGAAACUGAAAGCAUUCAAGAGCUAAAUUUAAUUCAAAUUCAGUUUUAAAAGCUGUUAUUCAGGUUGAGCAAUUCAGAUUUGGUCUGAGCAAUGAAAGUGUUGGCAGGGUGAGAACACCAUCUGUCCAGAGUUCAAGUUUAAUCUUUCUAUACUAUAUCUAUACUACAGUUAACACCUUAUCUUUAUUCUGUAGUUUGCAAACAUUUACUAUCCCAAGUUGUUUUGUCACUCAAAACUUAUCUGUAAGACUUUUACAAAACUAAAGACAUCUGUGAGAGCAGACCUUCAUUAUUCUUCCCACAGCACGGCUCAGCAGUGAAAGCCUUUACCCGAGGAAGUGUAUUAUAUUGUGUGCUGUAAAUUUACGUUUUUUUUAAUUAGCUAAUAGCAAUUAAAUAUCAUUUUUAGCAAAGUAAAUAUGCCAAAUUUAAUCACUCUCGAACAAUGUGUUGCUGUUUGUGGUGUCUAGAAGUCAUCAUGAAAUGGAUACUCUGGAUGGUCAGACCACCUGUUGAGCCAGAAAAGAGAAAUAUUAAUUGGAGCCGUUUGUUCAAGGAGCAAAACUUGACACAAGCUGCACUAUACUCACAUGACAAGCUCCACAAAGCGGAUGUUUUUGUUCAACCCUUCAACUGCCUUCAUAUCAGCGUCAGAGAGAGAGAAAUCGAAUAUCUGGAAAGUUGGCAAAUAAGUCUGAUUAUAUUCCAUGCGUCUGGUUUUGAGAAUGCACUUUUUGCUACCUACACACCUAAAAUUAUAAACAAACCUCAAAGUUUUCCUUUAUGCGAGCAGGGCUGAAGCUCUUUGGGAUGACCACCACGCCUCUCUGCACAUUGAACCGCAGACACAGCUGAGCCGUGGUCUUGUUGUACUUUUUGGCAAUCGAUACCAGCAGGUCAUCUUCCAGCAUUGGGGGGCAUUUUAGGUUUACCCUUUAUUGAAACAGUGAUAUUUUAAUAUCAAUCAAGAGAGGCUGAGAACUUGACUAGCUACUCAUAAAAUGAGUGUGACCCAUACCAAGAUGGAUCUCUGGAUGUUCCCAGCGGGCUGUAACCAACAGUGACGAUACCAUUCUGCUGGCAGUAUUCAAGCAACUUUGGCUGGGUGAAAUAGGGGUGGCAUUCAACCUGUGAUAGAGCACAUAUGUAUACAUAAACAUAUAUAUUUGAUUCUGAUGAAGACAGCUUGGCUUAUUCCCUGCGAGUGUUAUGAACCAACCCUUCCAAGUGCAUCUUGAUUGUUCAUGUUACUUAAAUAAUAACUUCCUAUCUCUGUUAUGCUUUCAUUGAUUCAAAGUUCAGUCCUUUCAUACUGAUAAUAUUUCAGGCAGUAAACUUACUUUUUAAAUAAAGUUGAAGUUUUCCCCACAUUGCCUGAAUUUUGUUCCUAUACCUCUGCAACAUAUCCAUGUCCUAUCCAUACAAUGUUCACAUAUCUAUCAAAACACAGCUGUGUGUGUGUGAUUUAGUUAAAACAUAUAAAAUCGGAGUCUUUCUGUUGUAUUGUUCAUUAGCUCUAUGCGCAAAUAUUUAAAGACUGAAACUAAAGCCUGUAUUGUCUUCGGCUGGUUGUGCCUCAGAUUCUUUCUCCUGACUUUAAUAAAUUGCCGCUGCACAAUAGAGUAACAAAGCAUUGACUCUUGAAACACUACUUUUUAAAAUGAAGAAUGGUUUGCACAUUUAUCUGCUGAUCUUAUGGUAAAUAAAGUACUGUACAUUUUCCAAA